GGAGCCAGACGCCUUGGAUGACUGGGAACAUUAGUAGUUCCGCUCAGGCACGUGGCCAGAACAACUACUUGGGCAGCCUGCAGUGUGAACAACAAUCCCUGAGAAUCCCGCGGCUCCAGUGCGGUGAGCCUGAGGAUGAGGCUGCUCUCCUGGCUGAUUUUCCUGGCCCACUGGGGAGUCUCCGGGGCAGAACCAGGAAAGUUCUGGCACAUCAGUGACCUGCACCUCGACCCUGACUACAGUGUAUCCAAAGACCCCUUAAAGGUGUGCCCUUCUGCCGGCUCCCAGCCAGUGCUCAACGCAGGCCCCUGGGGUGACUACCUCUGUGACUCUCCUUGGGUCCUCAUCAACUCCUCCAUCUACGCCAUGAAAGAGAUUGAGCCGGAGCCGGACUUCAUUUUCUGGACGGGUGAUGACACGCCCCAUGUGCCAGACGAGAGGCUAGGAGAGGCAGCUGUGCUGGACAUCGUGAGACGCCUGACUGAGCUCAUCAGAGAGGUCUUUCCAGAUACUAAAGUCUAUGCUGCUUUGGGAAAUCAUGACUUUCACCCCAAAAACCAGUUGCCAGCAGGGAACCACAGCAUCUACAAUCAGGUAGCGGAAUUAUGGAAACCCUGGCUCAGUAACGAAUCCAUCGCUCUCUUCAGAGAAGGUGCCUUCUAUUCUGAGAAGCUGCCAGGUCCCAGCAGGGCUGGGCGAAUCGUGGUCCUUAACACCAACCUGUACUACAGCAACAAUGAGCAAACAGCAAACUUGACCGACCCCAGCCAGCAAUUCCAGUGGCUGGAAGAUGUGUUGACCAGCGCAUCGCGAGCUGGGGAAAUGGUGUACAUCAUUGGCCAUGUGCCCCCAGGCUUCUUUGAGAAGAAGAGGAACAAGGCGUGGUUCCGGAAGGGCUUCAACGAACAGUACCUGAAGGUGGUCCAGAAGCAUCAUCGAGUCAUAGCAGGGCAGUUCUUUGGGCACCACCACACCGACAGCUUCCGGAUGUUCUACGAUGAAAAAGGUACCCCCAUAAGCGUCAUGUUCCUCACACCUGGAGUCUCCCCCUGGAAAACCACGUUACCCGGAGUGGUCAAUGGGGCCAACAACCCAGGCAUCCGGGUGUUUGAAUACGACCGAGCCACACUGAAACUGCAGGACAUGGUGACCUACUUUGCGAACCUGAGCCAGGCGAACGCACAGGGGUCGCCGCGCUGGGAACAGGAGUACCGGCUGACCGAGGCCUACAGCGUCCCCGAUGCGGACGCGGGCUCCAUGCAGGUGGCGCUGGACCGCAUCGCUGACAACGACCAGAGCACCCUGCAGCGCUACUAUGUCUACAACUCGGUCAGCUACUCUGCCGAGGUCUGCGACGAUGCCUGCCGCACCGACCACGUGUGCGCCAUGCGCCAGGUGCCUUUCGACGCCUACACUGACUGCCUGAGAGCCCCGAGCGACCUCAGCGACCCGAGCGACCCGGGAGCCGCGCACGUGCCCCACCUUAUGCUGCUGGGGACGGCGCUGCUGGGCCUGCUCGCGCUUGCGCUGUGA